CCGGUGGCCGACUCUCCUAAACCGGUCCAGAAUUCGCGCAGGCUCGAACGGAUGGCACGUUCCUGGUGGCAGUUCCUGGAUGGCAGCUCAUGGUGACUUCAACUGCAGAAUGUGCCAUGUCCGGGCAUUCUUUCGCACAAAGAUGAAAGUCGUGUUGGAACGGGACACAUUGGCCCAUAUCAAGCCAACAAGACACUACUCCGAACGCGCCUACAUAAGUAGGCCUUGUUUUCGAGUAGAGAUUGUCGCCGUUGCGGCAGAGCUGCGAGCCAGGAAAUACAUGGCUGGUCGGCAACCGCGUGCGAUAGCUGCCAUGAUUCCGGAUAUUCGACCGGGUGAGGAGUGCAUCGGGGUAUUGGGCUUUCAGGAAGCGCCGGAGACUCUCUGCAUCCUUCAGUUUUCAGUCCUUGCCCAAAAUCUCUUCUCGAUCUUCUCUCGCUCGACUCUCUAUUUCAUGGAGCACGUCCACAACGUCCACAGCGUCCUCAACACGCUCUGUUUCUUAGCAUACAGGCACUUACCUACAUUAUUUUUGCCUCCUCCUGUAUACCGUAAUAAAUCACAAGCUCUGCCACCUCUAGGUCUGCUUAGGAACGGCAGGUCCAUGUCUAGCUCUGGAGAGGCACAUUUCGGCUCACUGUGGGGUCACCUCAGUGGAUACAUCGGCGGUCAAGUUAUAGCAUUUAGCAUUCAGCAAGUGACCCAGCCAGUGUGCCCAUACCCCCUCUAACAAAUACAGAUGGUCAGAGGCUCGAUGGGUCAGAUAGCGGAGGUGCCAGGCGGGGCCGAGACGGCGGGGGAGGGUUGUGAUGUUAGCCGGCCAUGGCGGUAUGCGAGUAUGUAUGGUGUCAGAUCCGGGGUUCCUUGCAUAGCCCUUAGCUCCUCGUUCGCAGCGGCGGCAAGGGUCCAUUUUGCAAGCCCUCGAAGGAGCGCGACGCGGUAACGCCGCCCGUCGCGG